AUGACGGCGAAGGGACUUGUGCUUGUCACCGGCGCCAACGGGUAUAUCGCCGGCCGUACGGUGGAAGCAUUACUCAAGGCAGGAUACUCGGUCAGGGGUGCAGUGAGAAGGCUCCAGUCGGCCGAGAGAACGAAGGAGAUCCUGUCGGAAUAUGCGGACAAGCUCGAGUUUGUCGAUGUGCCAGAUAUCACCGCUCCUGGAGCUUUCGACGAGGCAGUCAAAGUCGAUGUCGUGGCCCAUCUUGCCUCCCCGAUAUCUUUUGACUUUACCGACCCCGAACCCGUGCUCCAGAACGCCGUCAACGGCACGGUACGGGCGCUCGAGUCGGCCGUGAAGGAGCCCAAGAUCAGGAGCUUUGUGCUCAUGUCCUCGAUCGCGGCCAUGCUGCAGCAACCCGACGAGCAGCAAUACACCUACACUGAAGCGGACUGGAACAACUGGGCCGAGGCCGCAGUAGCACAGAUGGGCAAGGCCACGCCGGGCCCCAUCAUUUACUCGGCAAGCAAAGCCGCGGCCGAGAAGGCGUUGUGGGGGUUCCGGGACGAGCACAAGCCGAGCUUCACCGUCACAUCCAUCAACCCUUGCUUCGUUGCCGGCCCGGCGCUCGUGCCCCCGGCGACGUUCGGCGACAUCAACAGGACCAACCGGCUCAUCCCGGAGGUGUACUCGGGCGUGCCGCUGGAGGAGGCCGGCCGUAAGGGCGCCUUGGUCCAUUACGUCGACGUGCGCGACGUGGCCCGCCUCGUCGUCUUCGCCGUCGACCACCCGGAGGCGACCAACGGCGAACGCUACCUCCUCGCCGCCCACCACUCGCCGGCCCAGGCGGUUGCGGACCUGCUGCGGGAGGCGUACCCGGAGAGAGCGGGCAUCAUCCACAAGGGCAAUCCCGGAGAGGGCUACCUCCCGGACUAUCGGUUCCCUCCAGACGGCAUCGUGUACGACGGAAGCAAGGCAGUCAGGCUCACUGGGCAGGACUACAUCCCCUGGCCCAAGACCGUUUUGGACACGGCUGAGUCGGUCAAGCAUCUUUUUCCGUGA